GGCACUUAUUAUUAUAUUUUCCCUUCGCUUCAACUCUCAAAAUACUCGCCAAAACCCCCCUUUUCGUCUCCAAAUUUCCUCUCAUUUUUCUCUUUUCGAUCUGAACCCAUUAAUUUUUUCCCUUUUAUUUCCCCACUUUCAGUUUCAUUUGAACUGUUUGUGCAAGUAAAAGAAGCCUUAAACAAGGAGAAAUAAUGGAGUUUGGGGAUGAGCUGAUAAUAGAGAGCUACAAAAUGCCAUGGCUUAUUUGGGUUCAAUUGCUUGUUAUGAUUCUCCUAAUUGCCCUCCUCUUUUUCGGGUUCACCGUCGUUACUUCAGGCUCCUCCACCAGCUCCGCCGCCGCCUCGCCGCCGACUGGCCGGAAGGAUGCACCGGCGACGCAACUCGGCCACCGUAUCUCUUCCAACGGAAUGGACUGCCAACAGCACGAACAUGAAUCUUCUCCCGAAAAGGAUUCUACAGUUUUGAAUAUUUUCCAGCACCCAAAUCACCCUUGCAACUACAUUGCGAUUGCAAAGAAAGCGCUUUUCAAGUGCUUCGGCUUAGGCUCUGGCUCUGAGAGCUCAACCAUUUACCAGCAUGAGAAAAACGAGUGA